UGUAAUGAAUAUUCAUAAGUUACAGUGACGCCAGGGGUUCCCUCUGCCACGGUCUCGGAGAGUGAUCUCCUGGGGCAAAGUCCGCAGUUCGGUACCGGGAGACAGACAGGGAGACAGACAGACAGACAGACAGACAGGGAGACAGGGAGACAGACAGACAGACAGAGACUGACAGGAAGACAGACAGACCGACCGAUCAUCAUGGCGCUGUUGAUGCGCGCGUGCACGCUGGUGGUGCAGCUGUUGACGGUUCCGCUGGUGAUCGCGGACGCGCUCGGCCUUUACGCCGUGUACAAGCGCUUCUUCCCGGUCAUCAUGAACAAGUUCUCCCGCCCCUACAACGAGAAGAUGAAGCAGCAGAAGCGCGAGCUCUUCCGCGACCUGGCCCGGUUCGCGCCCACACGCGGGCCUCUGCGCCUGCUGGAGAUCGGCACCGGAACCGGGACCAACUUCGAGUACUUUCCCGCAGGCUGCAGGAUCACGUGCACGGACCCGAACCCGCACUUUCAGAAGUACCUGCUGAAGAACAUGGAGCUCAGCAAGCACCUGGAGUACGAAAGGUUCCUGGUGGCUCCUGCUGAGGACCUGCGGCAGGUGGAGGACACUUCUGUGGACGCGGUGGUGUGUACCCUGGUUCUGUGUUCCGUCAAGAACCCGGGGCAGGUCCUGCAGGAGGCCAAGAGGAUCCUCAGAGAGGGUGGAGCGUUUUUCUUCCUGGAGCAUGUGGUGGGAGAAGAAUCAAGCUGGGGCUACUUUUUUCAGCACGUUCUUCAGCCUUUCUGGUACUAUUUUGGUGAUGGCUGUGAAUUGACACGUUCGACCUGGCAGGACGUAGAACAUGCUGGGUUCUCCGAGGUUCAGCUCCGUCACAUCCAUGCUCCAAUUUCUUUCCUAAUUAAACCACACAUCAUUGGAUAUGCUGUAAAAUAAACACACACACACACACACACACACACACA